CGAGUUACUCCCAUGUGAGACAGCUCUGCCUCUGGCUGAGGAUCAAGUAAUGCUUUCACUCAACGACAUGUAGAGUGGUAGCUUUUCGCUCCUUGCAAAAUUGCUAUCCACUCUCUGCGUACUAGUAUCGUUCGUGGUAGGCAGACUCUUGCUUUUUCGGGCCUGCCUGGCUUGCUCCAGUCCAGCUUCUUUGAAUACGGCUUCAUAUUUCUGAUCUUACUUUAUUUCAAUGAUGGACACUCGGACAUUCAUCAUUGCCGCACGUCCAACGCAGGGCUCACGCAUUACGGAAUACCCAUCCGACUCAAUUGAGUUCGCCCACAUUGCUUCGGCGAUCUCUAUUGCACUAGCCAUGCUUGAAAGUGAGCAAGGCACUGCGGCUUUGCGUGAUUUAGCAUUGGGCUAUGACGAUCAAAGACUCGGUUCCUGUAUGUUCAGCAAAGAUGCAGAAGCGGCAUAUCUGUUUGUUCGGCCCUUUCUGCAGUUACUUCGGUUGAAUUUUCCCAUAGUUGUUGUGGACGACACCAUUCACACCCAAGACUGCUUGGGAUACCAUGAAAGGGCCGUAUGGACAGGGGCCCGUGAAUCGUUUAAUCCUCGCGCCCAGGGUAUUCACCUCAAUGGAUCCAGGGUGCGAGAUAUGACAUAUGCUGCCCAGAGGCCAGAGCAGAUCCACCGAUUUCGCAUGUUCCAGUUCCUCUUUGCUACAACAAUAGUACAUGAGGCAGGUGCUCACCUAUUCAUCACCUACAUGACCAAUGGGCGUGUAAAUACGCCUCCCCAAAUCACAGCUCCUGGUUUUGGAACACGACUUGUAGGCGAGUCUGGUCGGUUUUACGAACUUGUUUUGUUCGGUGGGACAACCGAGUUUUAUCGAGAUAGCCAACAGGACGACCGGCAGGCGGGCGUCCCGCACCAAAUAGAUGCUGAUGAAAGAGCCUGGAGAAUAUCCCCGGUAUUUAUUGAUGCGGUGUGUCGCUAUGAGUUCACUUUUCCCUUCAUAAGGGAAGGUGGGGCGAUUGAUCCUAGCGCCAUGCAAAGCAUGGGCCGCAACUCUGACGAGCACACAACCAACCCAAGGGAUCUGGCUCUGCUAUCUCAGCAACGCGCUGUUCGACCAACCCUUGCUCAGUUGCGCGGCCACCAGGUAAAUUUUGCUCAGGUCAAACAGGUUCCAUUCAAUCCUGCGACAAAUCUUAGCGUGAUUGUCGUUUAG